AUGAGACCUGUCGCCGAAGCUGAGAAGCACUGGCAUCAGCUUGACGAUUUCCACUCUCUUACCGACCUCAAGAUCCAUGUGUCCUCGCACAAAAAACCGCAGAUAACUGCAGGCCUUCGGUCGGUCUGCUGGAAAAUCUUCCUGCUAUUCAAAACCCUCGAUCGAUCGUCAUGGCCAAACCACCUCGCCGAUUCCCGUAAGACCUACGACUCGCUGCGCGCACACUAUCUGCGCGCCAUCGAACAUCCUGAUGAAAUCGAAUCAUCGGUAGACCCCCUGAGCGACAAUGACGAGUCACCAUGGUCAGCCCUGCGAGCCGACGAAGCCCUUCGCGCAGAGAUCUUUCAAGACAUCGAGCGAUGCAUGCCAGAUAACGUCUACUUUCGCCAGCCUGCGACACAAAACAUGAUGCUGGACAUACUCUUCGUGUGGUGUAAGAUGCAUCCAAGUAUUGGCUACAGACAGGGCAUGCACGAGGUGCUAGCACCACUGCUCUGGGUUGUUGAAAGAGACGCUGUGAAUCUGAGUGCAAAGGGUUCUGUCGACCAGACUUUGGCAGAUAUGCUCGACUCAACGUACAUCGAACACGAUACACACACCCUGUUCGCCCUCAUCAUGCAAACCGCAAAAUCCUUCUUUGCGCCAGCAGACCCUACAUCCUCUUCCAGAGAAACGCCGAUGCUCGCUCGAAGUUCGAGGAUAUUCGAUGUCUAUCUACCCAAGGCCGAUCCAGAACUGCAUGCCCAUCUGACAAAGCUGGAUAUUGUUCCUCAGAUUUUUCUUCUACGAUGGAUACGCCUUCUUUUCGGACGCGAGUUCGAUCUGGAUUCUGUCUUCGACAUGUGGGAUGCUCUCUUCGCCAUCGAUGCGUCGCUGGAGCUGGUUGACAUGAUCUCUAUAGCGAUGCUCCUUCGGAUCCGUUGGGAGCUGAUUGCAGCAGAAACGAACGAAGCCUUUGCCCUACUGCUACGCUACCCAGAAGCAGGCGCACCAGCUUAUACCUUUAUCAAAGACGCACUAUACUUGCGUGAUCACCUCACACCGCAGGGCGGAGCUGAGAUCAUCACACGUUAUGGCAAACAAGCACCAUCGAUUGAGGCAGAACCGGCUGCAAGUAUCCGUGUACCUUCACCCGCGCUAUCGUUUGCUUCUAGUCGCACUAGACAAAGCGUCGGCUCUCCCAAAAGUUUCCUAGGCCCCCAGGGAGCGGGACUAGAGGCGGUGCUUCAGGGUGCUGCAAAGAACGUUCUUGAACGCGGCUCACAGUGGGGCGUUGGGAGAGCACUUCGAGACGCCGUUGGUGAGGUGCGAAAGAAUGUGGAGGCUUACCAGAGCGGAGCCGUUUCUGGACAAACAACGCCGAGAUCUGGGGGAAGAGAGUUCCGAGCACCGGGCUUGCUCAACACUGCCGCAGCCAGUCAGCGCCCCGGGUUAGAUCGAACGCACUCUGCCAAUGCGCUGAAGAAGAUAGCAGAGCUAGAGAGGAGAAACAAGAACCUAGGAAAGAUGCUGGAAAGUGCUGUGGCCGAGCUUUGGGAGCAUCAUCGAGAGCAAACGGAAAAGCAAAAAUCCAGUGAUGGCGAAGACAGCAAAAAAGGCGCCAUGGAGGAACUCGGCCUUGCUAUUGCAAAGGUGCAGUUCGUACAAGUCUAUCUAGAAGACUCAUCGAUUCCGCUUCCAGUGGACGAAUCAACCGACCAAGCCGCAACAGCGAAUGCAGCCGCAAGUCUGGCGCCGCCGUCACCUGUACCGCACGAGCUUACAGUAGCCGCACCACCGACGGCUAGUCCUACCGUGCCGCAACCAGCAUCGACAAAAGCAGAGACAACACAACAGUCUUCCUCACUCAGCCCGCAAGCUUCGUCGCCAGUUCAAAAGACUUUGUCAGCAAUACCUCCAGCCACUUCCCGCUUGGCCCCACGUUCACGCCCACAACUGACGUCCUCCAACUUCUCUUGGAUGCUAGGUGAGGAGUCUGCACCGUCAAACUUUGCCUCCGGGGCUGCACACUCGACUUUUGCUUCAGAUGAAAAGCGGCGCAUGAAAGGAAAGGGUUUCUUGUUCGGCGAUGAAGAGGAAGACAACAGCAGUAUCAAGGAGAGUAAGGGUAAGAGAGGGAGUGUCAGCGGGAAGAGCUCCGCCAAGGGUUCGAAAACCAAAGGCAAGCAUGCGCCAGAAGUCGAGGUAGAGGAAGAGGUGAUCGACCUGGAAGACGUGGGGAGGAGAGGCGUCAUCUAG